AUGGACCUCGCCGGAGAAAUCGCCUCCACCGUUGCUUCUUCUUCUUCCUCCUCCGUAUCAUCAAUCGACACAAGCCACGACUGCGAUUCGCCACGCGGCGGAGAUGUAGAUCACGAAUUGAUUUCUUCGUCGUCAUCGGUGUCGGUUUCGGUUUCUUCGUCGUCUUCUGCUUCAAUCCAGCGAGUUCUCAGUUUAAUCCGAUCUGAAGAUCUCGAUUCGAGGUUGUUUGCCGCUAGAGAAAUCCGUCGGCUCACGAAGACGUCACAUCGAUGCCGCCGACACUUUUCCCAAGCCGUCGAACCUCUCGUUUCGAUGCUCCGAUUUGAUUCGCCUGAAUCGCACCACGAGGCGGCUUUACUCGCUCUCCUUAACCUCGCCGUCAAAGACGAGAAGAAUAAGGUGAGCAUAAUUGAAGCUGGUGCUUUAGAUCCAAUCAUCAACUUCUUACAAUGUCAUAGCCCAACACUUCAAGAGUAUGCUUCUGCAUCUUUGCUCACUCUCUCCGCUUCUGCAAACAACAAACCAAUCAUUGGAGCCAAUGGAGUGAUUCCUCUAUUAGUCAAAAUUGUUACACAUGGAAGCCCACAAGCUAAAGCUGAUGCAGUAAUGGCCCUUUCCAACCUCUCUACACACCCCACUAACCUAAGCAUGAUCCUAGCGACCAAACCACUCUCGCCGAUACUGAAACUUCUCAAAUUAUGUAAAAAAUCAUCAAAAACAUCUGAGAAAUGUUGUUCUCUGAUAGAAUCCUUGAUGGUUUCUGGCGAGGAGGCGAGAACGGGGUUAGUUUCAGAAGAAGGGGGAGUAUUCGCCGUGGUGGAAGUACUUGAAAACGGGUCAUUACAAGCUCGGGAACACGCUGUUGGCGUGCUUUUAACGCUCUGCCAAAGCGAUAGGAGUAAAUACAGAGAGCCAAUUCUUAGAGAAGGUGUAAUACCAGGACUGCUCGAGCUCACAGUUCAAGGUACAUCGAAAUCUCGGACUAAAGCUCAAAGACUUCUCUGUUUACUAAGGAACUCGGAAAGCCCGAGAUCAGAGGUUCAACCCGAUACAAUAGAAAACAUAGUGUCGAGCUUAAUCUCUCAUAUAGACGGAGAUGAUCAAUCCGGUAAAGCUAAGAAGAUGCUAGCUGAAAUGGUGCAAGUUAGCAUGGAAAAAAGCUUGAGACAUCUACAAGAACGUGCUUCCACUCUUGUCCGUCCUUAA